UGUAUGAAUGCAUUCAUACAAAAGUAUGAAAUCACUAGACCGACUGACAAACAGAUUGACAGACAGACAGACACAUAAGAAAAUCAGUAAUACCUUGUCGGGACAGGCCAAGUGUCCAAACUCAUAGAUGUUCUAUAGAAAAGGGAUUACAUGAUCCCUUUUAACCAAUUAGUAGUUAAAUAUAUAUUGUAUUUAGUUGUUAGUUGUUUUCUCUUGCUUUUAUUGUCAUAGGACAAACAUAGUUAGCCAUUUGCUAUUGUAUCCUAAUUCAAAUAUGAAUUUUUUGUAUUGACAGACAUAAAGACAGACAGACAGAUACUAGCAUAGUUGUUUUAGCUUCACUUCUAUGUAGAGUUAAAGUUCUUUAUCAAUAGAGAAUAUUCGACAGACAGACAGACAGACAGACAGACAAGAAGUCACGUGAUGAACUUGGUCGACCUAACGCUGCUGAGUUUCUGGACAUCUGGAGAAAGAGAUUCUCAACUCAACUUCAGAAGUGCAACGCAAAGGUCAUCAUGAGAAAAAUCUCAGCUCUGACAAAUGACAUUGACUGUACUGUAGAUUGCUCUACUCAGUUUUUCAGCCACUAAGUUGGCUCAGGGUAGUCUGCAUUGUUCUCUUUUAGGUGUUACAUGUUUGUUUGUUUUUAGAAUCUAGUCCUAGUAAACUCUCGCAGUUACAGAACUUUAUAUAGUUACCUUGCUAGCAUUGUAUUAUAGAUGUAUGUUUGAAAUAAAUGUUAUUUGACAGACAGACAGACAGACAGACACGCAGACAGACACAGACUGAUCUAUUUAGCAUCUAGUCUUCUCUCUGUGAGAGUUGCUUAGUAUAUCUAAUCUCUAGAGGUAGAUACACCGCAACUGUCAGUAAGGAGGAAGUGGCCUGGAAGCGAGGUUAGUCGGACUUCAUAUUUGAUCAAGUGUCACACUCCAUACUAGUCCCCAUCUUACAACUUACACAAAUAGCAUUGAGUUUAACCGAAUUUCAUUUUUAGUAAGCUUUUUCACGCGACGUACCGACGCAUUGCAUCUUCUAGAAUGCUAAUAAGCAACGUUCGAGAAAUCCGGGACCUUGAGAAUCAAAAUAACCAACCAAUCGCCGACAGUUUGCGUCUCGAGGUAUCAUGGAGGAGUUCCGACGUCCCCCAGAAGCUCCUGUCUUCGAGCCGACCGAAGAAGAAUUCGCCGACCCAAUCGCAUUCGUCAACGCCAUCAAGCCCAUAGUGGAAAAAACAGGCAUCUGCAAGAUUCGUCCGCCUCCUAAUUGGCAGCCACCGUUCGCUUUGGACGUCGACAACUUCCAGUUUUCAACGCGCAUUCAACAGCUCAAUGAACUGGAGGCGAGGUCGAGAGUGAAACUGAACUUUCUAGAUGCAUUGGCUCGUUUCUGGGAACUUCAGGGUACCACUCUGAAAGUUCCGAUUGUCGAUAAGCAGAAUUUGGAUCUUCACAAGCUACAUAAGGUUGUGGCUGAAGAGGGCGGAUUCGAGAAGAUUUGCAGACAGAAAAGGUGGUCGGUAGUCAGCAGGAAGAUGGCUUACAAUCCUACCCAUUCACAUGCGUCUGUGGGGAGCUUAUUGAGAGUUCACUAUGAGAAGACGUUGCUGCCAUAUGAUUUGUUUGUAAAGAGAACAGUUCAGAAGAUAGAGGAACACCACGGAGCUAGUAUGUCAUCGGAUCGUCGCCAUUGUAGAGAUGAUCCGGAUUUUAUUGUGAGGAAGUCUGGGAGAUAUGGAGAGGCUCCUAAGAUGUGUGUGUCUGAUGAUACUAAGAAACAGUUUCAAUCACCAGGACCAAAGAUGCUCAAUGGAAAAGUAGUUCAGGCCACUUCAGUAGAAACUCGAGCAUCAAAAGAUGACCGUCAGAAGUCUGUAGUGGAUAUUGAAACCAUCUACUGUUUACUAUGUAAGGGAGGAGACGCGGAAGAGUAUUUAUUGCUCUGUGAUGGGUGUAAUGGUGCCUACCACACGUUCUGUCUCACUCCACCACUACAUAUCAUUCCAGUCGGCGAAUGGCUUUGCCCUACUUGCUUGGCUAAGGAAUGCCACAUUAUGCAGGAGGAAGUGUUUGGAUUUGAACAGAACGAGAAGAUGUACACGCUGCAAUCGUUUGGUCAGAUGGCCGACAGAUUCAAAGCGGAGUACUUUAAUCGGCCGCCGCAUCUUGUUCCUGUUGAUGAAGUAGAGAAAAUGUUUUGGAGGCUCGUCACCUCUCUUGAUGAUGAAGUGACCGUUGAGUACGGUGCCGAUCUUCACACUGCACGGCACGGCAGCGGAUUUCCAUGGAAUGACAGAGUAUCAACUGGAGAGGACGAGGUUUAUAGCAAGUCGCCGUGGAAUCUCAAUAAUCUUCCGAAUCUUCCCAACAGUGUGUUGAGUCAGAUUCAUGUCAAUAUCUCGGGCAUGAAGGUUCCUUGGAUGUACGUUGGUAUGUGCUUUUCGUGCUUUUGCUGGCACAUUGAAGACCAUUGGACAUACUCGAUCAACUACUUACAUUGGGGGGAGCCGAAGACUUGGUACGGUGUCCCUGGUAGCUAUGCUGAAGAGUUUGAGCAAGUGAUGAAGCAUACGGCUCCCGAACUCUUCCUACAUCAGCCAGACUUGUUACAUCAACUAGUAACUCUUUUGUCACCAACUGUGCUAAUGGAGAACAACAUUCCGGUGUAUCGUAUGGACCAACAUGCCGGCGAAUUUAUGGUGACGUUUCCUCGAGCGUAUCACGCUGGAUUCAACCAAGGAUUUAACCUUGCAGAGGCAGUGAAUUUUGCACCAGCAGACUGGCUCUCAUUUGGGAGACAUUGUGUGGAAAACUAUAAGCACUUGAAGAGGCAUUCUGUCUUUUCACACGAAGAGCUGCUCUGCAGAAUGGCAAGUAGUGCUGAAGAUAUUGAUCCUGAAAUUGCUGUCAAGACGGCAGAAGAACUAGGUGCUGUUCUUGAGCUGGAGAAGUCAAGACGGGAGCUGGUGAAGCAGAAGGGUGUUGUGUACUGUGAACAUGAGCCAUUCGAGCUUCUUCCUGACGACGGUCGCAUCUGUUGCAUUUGUAAUUCAACUUGUUUUCUCUCGGCAGUCACUUCUCCUGCUAAGCCAGGUAAGUUUGUGUGUUUGGAUCAUGCCGAAGAGCUGUGCAGGGGCCAUUGGAGGGACUGCUGUUUGAGGUAUCGCUACACGUUGGAUGAAAUGAAGUCACUGAAGCUUCUUGCAGACAAACGCUCUAGAAAGUAUCUCGAAUGGAAAAAUGCCGUGGAGGUGGCUCUAGACGCUCCCUUCGCUAGUCGACCGAAAAUUGCCGAUCUGCGUGGAUUUAUUUCCCAGGCCUCGGAUAGUCACUUCCAAUGUCCAGAUCUAAUCAUAGAAAUGCAGGAAGCAGUUGUUGAAGCAGAACGUUGUGCUCUUGCUGUACGCCAACUUGUGGGAAAGAAGCAGAGAAAAAAACACAAGGAACAAGUUGUGACAUUGGACGAUUUGAAAGAGUUUGUUGUGCAGCUGGAUAAUCUUGCUUGUGAGAUUCCUGAAGCUCAAAUUGUCAAGGUGUUGAUUAGUCGUGUUGCUGAUUUUUUGAAUCGAGUCGGCAAGGCUAUGUCACAAGAGUCACCCAAUGUCGAGCUACUUCGGAGGCUUCUGGCAGACGGCGAGGCAUUGAACAUUCCUCUUCCGGAGCUCGAACAGCUGGAGACAGAAAUAAAACUGGGGUAUUGGCUGAACGAUAUCAACAAGAUAUUCGACUGUGGAGAGCCUGUUGCAGUCGACACAGUGAAAGAAUUGCUGCGAGAGGCGUCAUCAAUUUCGUCUCACCCUGGAGUGAACAAAGCAGUUAUCAAGCUUCGUGAUAUUCUUGAGCUGAGUAGAAACUGGGAAAGCAAGGCACAUGCAGCACUCGCAAUGAAGCCGUGUGCUAAGGAAAGCUAUAUCAAGGCUUUACUUAAAGAGGCUACCGAGUUGCGGACACAAUUGCCAACAGUUGGUCAUUUGAAGGCAGCUUUGGCUAAAGCUAACGGAUGGCGUCAAGAGGCCGAUCGACUUCAGAAGUUGGGUAGGGAUCCUUGGCUGUUGGAGCUGGAAGGCUUGUUGACAAGAGGACGUUCCAUUCCGGUUUAUCUCCCAGAGAUAGUUCACAUCGAGUCACUGCUGACUGCCGGAAAGGCGUGGAGGGAUCGUGUGUCUAAGCUUUUCCUAAAGAAAAACAGUGUAUGGAACAGUUUGCUGGAGGUAUUGCUACCGAGGCUAAGUGUCGAAAUGAAGUCUGAGAAGCAUAGAGAAGUGCAGUGGGAAAGGGUUGUGGGUGACGGCAGUCGUCAUAUGGACGAAGAGAUAGCCCGAGUGGUCGACGCCGAAAUGACCGAGUGGGAAGAGAUGAGAAAGUUGCAAGAGAGAAAUAGGGAUCGACAUCAUUGCUACGAACUGAGCUUGACGAAAGCCAGUCAUUUUAAUGAUCUACGACAGCCGUUCUGUGUCUGUAAACGGAGUGCAAGUCCUAACAUGAUUGAAUGUCAACUGUGUAAAGAUUGGUUUCAUACCAAUUGUGUAUUACCGACUUGCAGUCAAGCAGGACAAAGAAAAGCGUUCGAUAAGUCUAAAUUUUUGUGUGGUUGCUGUGUACGGUCGAAGCGUCCAGCACUGGAUAUGGCUAACUUGUUAGUUCAGAAUAUGAAGAAAGUUCCCGUGUUGCUGCCGGAAGCCGUGGCAUUAGAGAGGCUGGCUCAUCGUGCAACAGAAUGGCAGCUCAGAGCAAGACAAGCGCUUUUACUAGCGAAGGACUCGGUUGCCCAGUUGGCUAUAGAGACUAAGCUGCCUGUGGCAAAGAAUCAGAAAAGUAGUUGUGAUAAACAGACUGGGAUGCAUGGGUCUGGUGAUAAACCGGAUAUUGUUGAAAGUGAGACAAACAGUGGACAGGGCGGUGAACUCGAAGUGGACGUGGAAGCGAUAAGUCCUCUGUCUGAAGAGGAUCGAGGAGAGCACAUGUCUCUUCGUGAUGACUUACGGGUCGAGUUGGAAGAGCUAAUGUUCGAGGGUGAUCUCCUAGAAUUGACAGUAAACGAGACCCAACAAAUAUGGCAAUUGCUGCAGACGGGCUGUACGAGAGAGAAAACCAUUCGAUCAUUGCUAGUCGGAGAAGAGCGGCCCGAUCUCUCAAUGACUGCAGAUUACAGUCGGAAGAGACGGCGGUUGGACUUUGAUACCAAGAGGCGAAGGAGGCGAAGGGUGAAGAAGGAUCCCUCGCCCGAUUUAGACAACGAGGAGGAGGACGAAGACGAGGAGGAGCAGUGUGCUGCGUCGGAGUGUCUGAUGCCGGCUUCGGAAGAGGUGCAAUGGGUGCAGUGUGAUCAGUGUUACCGGUGGUAUCACUUUGCGUGUGUCGAACUGACCAAGGAGGCUGCCCGGGCGCUUGACAAGUAUAUCUGCAGUAGUUGCUCUCUCAUGUGACCUCUCUGAUUGUUUGCACACGCUGUGUGGCUAUUGGCUGCCUACUGCGCAUGCCUGGUCUAUGUUGUAUACUGACGCUCAUCACAACUAUGUGGAUAGUGACAGCGACACUUAAUUUAUGAUUUGAGUUGGAGAGAAAUUGUGGUGUGUGUAUAUAUAGAUAUAUAUAACUAAUUGUACACCAGG